AAGGUUAAGAAGAAUAUGUUCUAUCUGGCACCACACCUAGAAAUAAAGAAAUCAAACACGUUUGGUUUGGGGUGCGGGCCCUUAUCAGCUGGCUCUGCUCCUAGAUAUACCACGACACGACGGUCUAUCAGUACCUCAGUUGUACGGACAACAGCUCACAUAACAAUGAAGGUCGUGCUUAUGCUCCUUGUUCUGCUGCCCCUGGCCUUCUCCAAGCCUUUGGAGAAGAGGAUGCUUUUAUCUAACAUUCUGGAUUCGAACGAGGUCAAGCACAUAGUGAGUCUUUUGGUUCAAACCCUUGGUUCUGACACUACCGAGAAGCUCUGCGAGACCGAGUGCCCUCUGAUAAUAAAGGUGUCCUUCCUCCAGAAUGCGUGUCCCAUGGUCUGCCCUUCAAUCCAGACCCUUAUCCAAAAGUUCAAUCUUGAAUAGGCUCCAAGAAUAAAGUCCAGAUUCCUUA